CAGGCUUUUGCCGCCCCAGCCCCGCCGCUCUUUUCUUCUCCUUCCGCCGGCUCUCCUCCUCCUCCUACCCCCAUAUCUACACACAAUGGGUUGCGUCCAGUCCACCGGCAUCGACGAUGAGGCCAAGGCCCGCAAUGACGAGAUCGAAAACCAGCUCAAGCGGGACCGCAUGAUGGCGAAGAACGAGAUCAAGAUGUUGCUGCUGGGUGCUGGAGAGUCGGGCAAGUCUACCGUCCUCAAGCAGAUGAAGCUCAUCCACCACGGUGGAUACAACGAGCAGGAACGGGACUCGUACAAGGAGAUCAUCUUUUCCAACACCAUUCAGUCGAUGCGUGCCAUCCUAGAGGCGAUGCCGCACCUCGACAUUCAGCUCUCGCCCCAAAGCGACGCCCGCCGGAACAUCAUCCUCUCUCUGCCUGGUCAGAUCGAGGGUGACAUUCUGCCGCGUGAUGUUGCGGACGCCGUGCGCGGUUUGUGGCGGGACCCCGCAGUGAAGGAGGCCGUGCGUCGCUCGCGUGAAUUCCAACUGAACGACUCCGCCGUGUACUACUUCAACGCCAUUGACCGCAUGGCCGCGCCAAACUACCUGCCCACGGACCAGGACAUCCUCCGCUCGCGUGUCAAGACCACUGGUAUCACGGAGACGACCUUCAAGGUUGGCGAGCUCACGUACAAGCUCUUCGACGUGGGAGGCCAGCGGUCCGAGCGGAAGAAGUGGAUACACUGCUUCGAGAACGUCACUGCUUUGGUCUUCCUGGUGUCGCUAAGCGAGUAUGACCAGAUGCUUUACGAGGAUGAGAGUGUGAACCGUAUGCAGGAGGCGUUGACCCUCUUCGACUCAAUAUGCAACUCAAGGUGGUUCGUCAAGACCUCGAUUAUCCUUUUCCUGAACAAGAUCGAUCUGUUCGCAGAGAAGCUACCGCGGUCACCACUAGGUGACUACUUCCCUGACUACAACGGCGGGGACGACUACGACUCGGCGUGCAACUACCUUUUGCACCGGUUCGUCUCCCUCAACCAAAGUGCCGCGACGAAGCAAAUCUACGCACACUACACCUGUGCAACAGAUACUCAGCAGAUCAAGUUUGUCCUGAGCGCCAUCCAGGACAUCUUGUUGCAGUUGCACCUUCGGGAGUGUGGUCUCCUAUAGAUGGGUGAACAGGCUUGCGGGCGGCUGUGGCGGCUCGCAUGCGACACUUCGUCCUCUCCAUCUUUCCUGUGCCUGCUUCUGUUUUGUCCUGUCCCCCGCAUCGUUCCGUCAUGUGUUCCAUCAGCCGUCCUGCACCCUCGGUCCACCAUCAUGAUCUCUCCUCACUCGGCCUCGCGUGCGCCUGCUGUGAAGCAGCGCGCCCCGCCCAGCACUGCACUACUACCGCCUACUGUACAUAGUUUGGGAAAUGUUUUCCUGCGUCUCUCACGCCAGCACCAUGGCACCACGCGCCGCUCCUUCCCUGCCGUCGCCCCCCUAGCACCCUGCGCGAAUCCCCUCGAGCAGCAGACGCCGACUACCCCCGCCCUUCUUACCGAUCCAUGACGCCUGCUACCUUCCCCUUCCCCUUCCUACUCCUUCUCGCUAGCCUUUUCACCUUUAUGGUUGUGCUCAUGUCUGGUUGUGUCUGGAUCGUUGUAAUGACUUACGCAGUUUCCCCCCUUUUCCGUGUCUCCCCCAUAUUUCCCCCUUACCCUUCUACUGUCCGGCCGGCCUCGUUACCCCUUCAUGUUCUUGUCCCUUGAUAGUCAGCUACAUAGGCAUAGGAUGCUCCUCUCGUUCUGGCAUAUACGGCGCGGCCUUACUCGUAUACCUCCCUAAGUACAGUCUGUCCC